CCUCCGCCGAGAUUACAGGGUUAAUCGAAGGGGACACACUACGAGUCUUCCAAUAGAGCUUAGACUCUCGGUUAGGACGCCUUGCAGGCGCACGACAUCCUGGCUCUGGCUCUGACGCAGAGCGAAUGCCAUUUCAAUGUGGAGUGGUUGUACUCGAACACCGCGUGUACCGCGGCCCUCUCAGGUCGCUUCGAUGCAGCAACAUGGGUGCGUUCGCCUGCCUUCCCCUCGUACGCUUUACCACGCCUCGCUAUGGCGCGCCGCAGCGAAGAUAAGUUGAAGCCGUAGAUAUAUGCCUACGUAUUCGUCGUGUCUACCCUCCAGAACUGCCCAACCUCUCCUUCGCCCAUGCCGUCCUCAGUUCACGGAGAAUAUUCUGACUCCGAGUCUACAACAAAGUCCAGUCUUAUGGAGGCACCUACCAUCAGGGAAGACCUGCUCCCAGGCCGCAUAAGGGUACAGCAACAAGCGGAUAUUCUGGACGCUUUCCCUCUCCCCAGCCAUUGGUGUGCGCCCCAAGGAUCAGGAGUCCUCGCAAGCCUUCGUCGGGCACUAUUCAAUCUUCUGUGUAUAGCGGCCUAUGGACACGCUGUGCCGGAGCUCGUAUGGGCCGCUAUACUCCUCGAGAAGGAGGCCGGUGAUGAGAGUGUUUGGGAGGCCCAUAUUCGACAUAUAUGCGACCAUCUGAACAAUGUACUUCUGGUGGCAGGGCUACUGUUGGCUAGUGCGGCUACCUUUCUGACAACAGAGCCGCCAAGAGACGAGAUCGUCAACUAUACCCGUCGCGGCCCUUACAUGUGUUUAGUCGGAUCCUUUGGGCUACUCAUCGGAGGCAUCAUCGCUGGCGAGGCGUGCGUUAUCGUGACAAAAAAGGCGCAGGCAUACUGGUCGGAGAAGGUUUUGUACGCAGACCGCUUUCAUGUUUACUGCACCUUGAUCAUGCUCUCGUACCCUUUCUUCUCUGUUAGCAUCGCAACACUACUUCUAGCCUUCGGCCUUCUCACUAGUGUAUGGUCUGCCAGCGAUCCCAUCGUGCAGGGCGCGUCUUCCUUAUUCCUCAUCCCUCCACUCUCAAUGACUUUCUUGUUCGCUCUUUCUUGUGCCACGGCGAAAGGCCCGAGUAUUUUAACACCGCCUGAAAGGAGAUCGCGUGAAUCAGUGAAUACAGCCCAUGAUAGCUCUGUCUGAGCCGUGUAACGAUGAUUAGGCUAUAUAUUCGCGA